AUUCAUAUUCAGGUUCCGUCGCUUCAUGGCGUUCGUGCACGGAAACGUAAACAAUGACGUAUAGCUAUUAGUUGUACUCAGCUGACCUUUCAUAAUAAAGAAAAUGCGAUCGAGCAUGGAAUUGACGGAAUGUGCCAUAGCGAAACGACGAAAGAAGUGGAAGAAGAAGCGACGCUUGAAGCGCUUGAAGAAACGGCUGCGCGAGCGAGAGGUUAGGUUCAACGCGAGUCGUUGGAUGGCCUUCCCCGAGUAUGUUACGGAUGCACGACAGACGCUAGCGACGGGCACGAUGCAAGCCGAUGCUUUCUGGAAGAAUUAUGCCGUGGCCCAGGAAUGGCAAAAACGACAUAGCAUAACCUGGUGGAGGUCACGUUGCAUCGCCCUGGAGCACGAAAAUAAACUGCUGCGCGACAAAGUGAGAUCCCUGGCUCAACAUCGAGGCUAUCGUGGCUUUCGGGAGAAUUAUAAUUAUCGUGCGGAUAACGACAAUGACGCUCAGGAAGAUAAUGACACGGAAUCGGAUACAAACGAGGAUCUGGAGUUCAACGUGACCGAGGAUUUGUUGAACUUUUUCGAGACUAGCGAAAGGCACAAGCGAGAGAUGCAGCUAAAACGUGAAAGUAGUGAGACCGAGUAUGAAGAGGAAAAUUUAGAGGAAUCCUUCGUUGAUGCUGCCGAGAGUACCCAGAUGAAAAAAGAUGAGGCUGACCUGCUGCAAGGUGAUGCCGGCUCUAAGAUAUUGGCGAUGGAAACCACUCCACAAAGCACGAUAGAGCAAUACGAGGAUACAGCGAAUUGAUAAUAUUA